AUGCGUUUGUCUCUGAGAAAGGUGGUCAGAUUGGCCACCUUUCUAGUAUUGCUGUUGAUACUUAACGUAUGGAUUAGCUACAAUGUCAACUUUUACAGUUUUGACGACCGUGGGAAAGUUUUGCAAACUUGGAGACGCGAGGGGGACCAUGGCCAAACGGACGAGGCUCGACUACUCAAAUUUGAAAGGAGUGUAGACGACAUCGAUGGAUCUAGUGGAACUAGACCGAUUAGAAGUACUAAACAAGUUAAUGCAGACAACGAACGGGAUUCUUCUGCCCGGAGUCAACAGUUUGUUAAUGAGACAGGCGAAAAAGAACUUGUUGCGCCAGUCAAGGGAAGCGACUUGUUGCUGACGACGACAAGCAGACGUGGAGGAAGCAACCCCAAACAGGGCGGAACAGGACCAAAAUCGCAGAAAAAUCUUCAAAUUCGUGUACACAAAGACUCAGACAAGACGGAGUUGAAAGAUAUAUUUAUCAGCGUCAAGACUACUUCCAAAUAUCACGGACCCAGAGUUAAACUGCUUUUGAAAACUUGGUAUCUUUUGGCCAGAGAGCAGGUUUACUUUUUCACUGAUGGAAAUGACACAGAGAUUGCUGAAAUUUUAGGUGACCAUUUGAUCAACACCAACUGUUCUACAGACCACAGCAGGCGUGCACUGAGUUGUAAAAUGGCAGUUGAGUUUGAUUAUUACAUGGCUUCAAGGAAACGGUGGUUCUGUCAUGUGGAUGAUGAUGUUUACCUGAAUGUGCCCAGGCUGGUGGACAUGCUCCAGGGAUACAAUCACAGGGAAGACUGGUAUCUAGGCAAGCCCAGCCUCAAACAUCCUCUAGAGGUUGCUGACAGGGAAACACCUGGGAUGAAGCUGACUUUCUGGUUUGCCACUGGUGGCGCAGGCUUUUGCAUCAGCCGCUCUCUGGCUCUCAAAAUGGCUCCAUAUGCAGGUGGUGGAAGGUUCAUGACAACGGCAGAAACUAUAAGGUUACCUGAUGACUGUACACUAGGAUACAUUGUUGAGCAUUUGUUGAAACAUAAACUGACAGUUGUAGAAGAGUUUCAUUCUCAUCUGGAAGCCUUGUGGCUCAUCAAGCCCCAUCAGCUGGAUAAACAGAUCACCCUGAGUUUCUCUGAAUACUCCGGCAAGCAGAAUGUGAUUAAUGUCCAAGGAUUCAGCGAAACAGAGGAUCCAACAAGAUUUCGGUCGCUGCACUGCUUUUUGUUUCCUAACUUUCGAGAAUGCCGGGUUCUCUCCUGA